CGCUGCCGCCGCCACCGCCAUCUGCGCGUCCUCGCGUCUCUGCUCCCAGGAGCCGGGCUCCGAGUUCCAGCUCGCCGGGUACAGCCGCAGCCAGCCAGUAUGUCGGGGCUCAAGAAGCAGAAGACGGGGACCGAGCAGAAAUCCACCAAUGUCAUCUAUCAGGCCCACCACGUGAGCAGGAACAAGAGAGGGCAGGUGGUUGGAACAAGGGGCGGAUUCCGAGGAUGUACCGUGUGGCUGACAGGUCUCUCCGGUGCUGGAAAAACAACGAUAAGUUUUGCUCUGGAAGAGUACCUUGUCUCCCACGCCAUCCCUUGCUACUCCCUCGAUGGGGACAACAUCCGUCAGGGCCUCAACAAGAACCUUGGAUUCUCUCCUGGGGACAGAGAAGAAAAUAUCCGGCGGAUUGCCGAGGUGGCCAAGCUGUUUGCUGAUGCUGGUCUGAUCUGCAUUACCAGCUUCAUUUCUCCUUUCACAAAGGAUCGUGAGAAAGCCCGCGAAAUCCAUGAAUCAGCGGGACUGCCGUUCUUUGAAAUAUUUGUGGAUGCGCCUCUAAACAUUUGUGAAAGCAGAGAUGUCAAAGGCCUCUACAAACGGGCCCGAGCUGGGGAGAUCAAAGGGUUUACGGGUAUUGAUUCUGAUUAUGAGAAACCUGAAACUCCUGAGCUUGUGCUUAAAACCAACUUGUCCUCAGUGGAUGACUGUGUCCAGCAGGUAGUGGAACUUCUGCAAGAGCAGAACAUUGUACCCCACACUGUAAUCAAAGGUAUCCAUGAACUCUUUGUGCCGGAAAACAACCUCGACCAAGUGCAAGCUGAGGCUGAAGCUCUCCCUUCGUUAUCAAUUACCAAGCUGGAUCUUCAGUGGGUCCAAGUUUUGAGUGAAGGCUGGGCCACUCCCCUCAAAGGUUUUAUGCGAGAGAAGGAGUACUUGCAGGUUUUGCACUUUGGCACCCUGCUAGAUGGCGUGGUCAUUCCUGAUGGCGUGAUCAACAUGAGCAUUCCCAUUGUACUGCCUGUCUCUGAGGAUGAUAAGAAGCGGCUGGAAGGGUGCAGCGAGAUCGUCUUGACACAUGGUGGACGGAGGGUGGCUAUCUUACAAGACCCUGAAUUCUAUGAAAAUAGAAAAGAGGAGUAUUGCUCCCGUGUGUGGGGGACAACAUGUGCAAAACACCCCCAUAUCAAAAUGGUGAUGGAAAGUGGGGAUUGGCUGGUUGGUGGAGACCUUCAGGUGCUGGAGAGAAUAAAGUGGAAUGAUGGGUUGGACCAAUACCGCCUGACACCUCUGGAGCUCAAACAGAAAUGUAAAGAAAUGAAUGCUGAUGCAGUGUUUGCAUUCCAGCUGCGCAAUCCUGUCCACAAUGGCCAUGCUCUGUUGAUGCAGGACACCCGCCGCCGGCUCCUGGAUAGAGGCUACAAGAACCCAGUUCUCCUGCUCCAUCCUCUGGGUGGCUGGACCAAGGAUGAUGAUGUGCCCUUGGACUGGAGGAUGAAGCAGCAUGCAGCUGUGCUUGAGGAAGGGGUUCUGGAUCCCAAGUCAACCAUCAUUGCCAUCUUCCCAUCUCCCAUGUUAUAUGCUGGCCCCACAGAGGUCCAGUGGCACUGCAGGUCCCGGAUGAUUGCAGGGGCCAAUUUCUACAUUGUGGGCCGGGACCCUGCAGGAAUGCCCCACCCUGAGACCAAGAAAGACCUGUAUGAACCCACUCAUGGGGGCAAGGUCCUGAGCAUGGCCCCUGGCCUCACCUCUGUGGAAAUCAUUCCAUUUCGAGUGGCUGCCUACAACAAAGCCAAAAAAAUCAUGGACUUCUAUGAUCCAGCAAGGCACAACGAGUUUGACUUCAUCUCAGGAACUCGUAUGAGGAAGCUGGCCCGGGAAGGAGAAAAUCCCCCUGAUGGCUUCAUGGCCCCCAAAGCCUGGAAGGUCCUGACAGAUUAUUACAGGUCCCUGGAGAAGGACAACUAAAUGCCCUUCGGCUCCAGAGUUUCUUUCUGAAGUGCUCUUUGAUUCCUUUCUCUAUUUUCGUGAUUAGAUGCUUUGUAUCCAAUUGCUUCUCAAUGACUGAUUUUAGUGUUUUAUAAUGAGGGAAAAAUUGUGUUUACAAUUUAAAGUCAACUUCAAAAUAUAUAUAUAUAUAUAUAUAUAUAUAUAUAUAUAUAUGUAUAUAUAAAAUCAAACUGAAGACCAAAUCUUAGCAGAUAAAAGCAAUAUUAUCAUCAUUUCAGGAUGAAAUUAGUUGCAUUCUCUACUGCAUCUGAGCAGGAAGGUCCCAGAUUUCUUAAAGCUUUGACCUUGUGUCUAGUUUACUUGCCAAAAAGUAAAGCAUAUUUUCCAGCUAAAAGCUUGCCCACCAGCACUCACCCAAUGUUGUACACCAGUAAUAAAGUAAGUCAGAUGAGGAGCCUUUUCUAUACAUCUGACCAAAAAAAAAAAAAAAAAUUUCUCACCCUAAAUGAGGUGUGACCCACACGUCAAGAAUCUUGCUAACAUUUCACCCCAUGCCUGUAUACAGCCUUACUGCCAAUCUCUUUUGUGCUGAAGUAUGACUUGACUGGAGAAACCAAAUGUGUGAAAAUGUGAAUUUAAUCUCAGAUCUAUGCAACCUAGUUCUGCCGUGAAAGUUAUAUUGUCUGAUAAGAAAAGAAGUCAAUGCCCUUCUGUGAAUAAGAUAACUCCAGUUAAUUGGCAACUUUUAAUUAAAUAGCAUAGAGUGUUUUGAUGAAAAGAUUUGCACCCAGGGCUAGACAAUCUGGCAAUGUUGUGGAAAGUUGAUUUUUCUCCUCUUUGCUGUGGUCAUUGGGUCCCAUGGAGAGGCUGUGCCUGUUGACUGCAGCAGUGUCUGCUGUAACCAAAAACAAUUCACAUUAGCAGACUAGCGAGCUGCUGGAACUGGAAAAGACUGCAGAAAACAUGGAAUCCAACCCUUUCAUCUUACAGGUGACCAAACUAAGACGAUGCACAAGCACGUGCUUCGUGAGCUGCUGAGCACUAUAACAAAAUACAAAACUGGCAUUAUUAGGAAGUACAGGUGGCACUACAAGAGCAUCCAGGCCACUUGACUCCCUGUCCAGUGCCCCGUCUACACUGUACAAUACAGGAGCUGGGUCUGAUUCCCCUCAACUGCUGAACAAAUCUCCUUGAACAGAUGGAACUUACAAAGCAGUAAGUGGAUGCUGAAAGGUCCCGAGUUUUCUAAACCCAGCUGAUUUUACUGCAGUUGAAAAAAAUAUUGUUCCAAAGACUCAUGCUGUUCCGAAACAUCCAACCUCUGAUGACUUUACUUCCUGGGAGGCAAUCUUUUGUACUUCAUGCAUAAUUCCUUGUUGCUAAGGAAUAUAUGAAGAAACAGUACCUUUUGUACAUAGAUCUCUCUGGAAGAGACAAACUGGAAAGAGAAAACUGUGAUUUUUUUCUUAUUCUCAGUUUUUUUAAAAAAACGCUAAUUUAGCCAAUGAAAGUUCUUUUGAGAAUAAAUUACAUACAAUGGCCACAGCAAAGUCUAACUGUCUUUAAUAGCUUAGUGCCUGUAUUCAUUUGAUCAGAGGUACUCAUUACUGCCUUUUUUUAAAACAGCGUAUUUAUUGAAAACAUGAGAUGUAGUGCCUUAACCAAUAUAUUUAGUGAUUUUUUAAUAUAUUUAAAACUGUUCUGCUCUAGGACCACACUUAAUGACAAAUGAUCAUCUCUAUGUACAACCGAUGCUUGUUCUUAUUUUAAUAAAUUUCUCAAAACAAA